AUGGAGGACAUGGCAGCAGGAAAUCAUUGCAAAGUGACUGAGUUCUUCUUGGCUGGGCUCUCAGAGAAAUCAGAACUCCAGCUGCCCCUAUUUCUCCUCUUCAUAGGAUUCUAUGUGUUCACUGUGGUGGGAAAUCUGGCCAUGAUCACAUUGAUUGGACUCAGUUCCCACCUGCACACACCCAUGUACUAUUUCCUCAGUAGUCUGUCUUUCAUUGAUUUCUGUCAGUCCACUGUUGUUACCCCUAAAAUGCUGGUGAACUUUAUAACAGAGAAGAAUCUCAUCUCCUACCCUGCAUGUAUGACUCAGCUCUGCUGCUUCCUCAUCUUUGGUGUUGCAGAGUGCUACACAUUAGCUGCAAUGGCAUAUGACCGCUACGUUGCCAUCUGUAACCCCUUGCUUUACAAUGCAACCAUGUCCUAUCAGAUUUACACUUCCCUUAUUUUUGGUGUGUAUAUUUUUGGUGUGUUCUGUGCAUUAGUUCACACAGGCUUCAUGAUUAAGAUUCAGUUCUGUAAAUUAGAUGUGAUCAAUCACUAUUUCUGUGACCUACUUCCCCUCUUGAAGCUUGCAUGCUCUAAUACCUAUAUUAAUGAAAUGUUGAUUCUAUUUUUUGGUACCCUGAACAUCUGUGUCCCAAUGCUGACCAUUAUUACUUCCUACAUCUUCAUCAUAGCCAGCAUCCUCCGCAUUCGCUCCACUGAGGGCAGGUCCAAAGCCUUCAGUACUUGUAGUUCUCACAUCUUGGCUGUUUCUAUCUUCUUUGGAUCUUUAGCAUUCAUGUACUUGCAACCAUCGUCAGUCAGCUCUAUGGACCAAGGGAAAGUGUCCUCUGUGUUUUAUACAAUCGUUGUGCCCAUGCUGAACCCCUUGAUCUACAGCCUGAGGAAUAAAGAUGUUAGUGUUGCCUUGAAGAAAAUCUUUGAAAGAAAAAUAUUCAUGUAA